AUGUGGCUGUUUGGGUUUUUAUUGAUCGUCAUCGUGUGCGCUGCUAAGUGUACGGAGGCGGACAUCUCGGUCGAAGCCGCAUUUCAAGGACGUUGUGGCCACGGGAGUCCUUGUGAGCAAUUGUGCUACGAGCUGCACGAUGGCAUGUACGAGUGCGACUGCUCGGAGGGAUUCGAGCUGAACAAAAAUGGCUAUAGUUGCCAAGAAAUCAAUUCUACCUCCAGCGAUGAUAACGCAUCGAACGGUGAGGAGGACGUCCUUUAUCAACGCGGUGCAUCAUUCAGUGCCAAGCUCGACAUAUCCGAUCUGCACAUAUCGCUGAAAUCGUUCGACGAUGACGAUGAUGAAGAUGAUUCCGGUGGCAUCGAAGCUAAGUCUCGAAACCAUCCCGCUAACGUCAAUAACGUCCGACAGGGAACAGCUAAAACGCGCCCACCAUCGAACGCUAACCCAAACAGCAUCACGCCGGGCGAUGAAUUAGCGCGAAGAAAGGCAAACCGUAAUUGGAAACUCGAACCGUCCUCGAAGCAAUCGACGAAUACCAAUGAAGCCCGGACCCGUUCAUCAAGCCGUAAGGAAAAAUCCAUCCAAAAUGAUGGCCUCCCAUCGCUGGUGACUGCGUUCGGGGAUGGUUUGCGACACGAUCAGCAGCAGAAGACUUCCGCUUCCCGCGGUGGUGGUGACCGGCGAAAGUUUAACGCACCAUUCGCCAGCAGCAAGGGACCGCCGGAGCCCGGUGUUGCUGACGGCACUGACAGCGCCAAUAUGCCAUUGGCGAGUGAUAUGGAAAUCAGUGGUAUAUCAUUACACUCACCCCUCACUGGUGGAGAUCAAGAUCGGUGGCAGCGAGCGGGUAUACCGGAAAUGGUAACGUCAUCUGCGUCAGCUGCACUGCUGGCGGUUGAUGAUGAUGCAUCGGAAAUAAGGGCACUGCCGUUGUUGGCUGAUUCGCAGGAGGACGACGGCAUGCAGAAGGUGCUGGUGGAUGUGCAACGGGAUGGAAAAUUACCUCCGGAGGCGAUGGGGCGCAGUGUCGUGAGUCCCCAUGAGCCCAUCAUGCAGGGCGUUAGCGCGGACAGUUUGGCAAUACAGGCUGAGCCUCGCGAUAAUGCUACGCAACAAACAACAGGAGGCUCGGCGAUAAGCCAACCUUGCAGUCUUGAUUGUGGCUCGGAAGGCAGUUGUUACGUCUCAGCGGAAGGAUUGUCGGUAUCGAUGCGAUGUCUGUGCACGUUUGGAAAAAUUGGACCACGUUGUGAAGAAGAUGCCAAAGUAAACACCCCACGGUUCAACAAACAUUCCUGGGUGGCAUUUCCAGCGCUUAGAGGAGCAUACAAGCAUGUACAGCUACACAUCGAGUUUCGGCCGGAAUCGUUUGAUGGAGUUUUACUGCUAACAGGCGAGCGAGACGAUUUGACGGGCGACUUUAUGGCGCUGCUGCUGCACCAAGGGUUCGUCGAGUUUUGGUUCGAUUGCGGUUCCGGUAUGGGUCGCGUCAAAUCAGAGGAAACAAUCGUACUGAACCAGUGGAACACGAUCACCAUCUACCGACAUCGUUGGGACGCAUGGCUCGUCCUGAAUCAGGGCAAUCGUGUGCAGGGUCGUUCGAAGGGUCUGUUUUCGCGCAUUACCUUCCGUGAGCCGGUGUUCCUCGGUGGAUACGGAAACAUCACUGGCCUGGACCGGAAGCUUCCCGUCAGCACCGGUUUUACCGGAUGUAUACGAAAGUUUGUCGCUAAUGAUCACGAUUACAACUUCCAGCAAGGCGCACUUGGCGACGUGGCUCAUGGAUUCGAUAUCCAGGAAUGCAUAACCGAUCGGUGCAGUCGCUAUCCGUGCCAACACGGCGGUAAAUGUCUGCCGUCGGAUGACGGUGCCAUCUGUCUCUGUCCGCUGGGAUUUGGCGGUGAUUUAUGCGAGAUGCGACUGGAUUUACAGGUGCCUUCAUUCAACGGAUCCUCCUAUCUGCGAUAUGCCCCACUUGGUGACAGCUGUAUUAUAUGGUUCGAGCUUAAGAUCAUCAUCAAACCGCUGCUAGAAGAUGGCCUGCUGCUCUACAGUGGGCACCACGAGUAUGGUGAUUACAUUUCGCUCUGCCUCAACAUGGGCUACGUCGAGUUCACGUACGAUCUGGGCAGCGGGCCAGCAACCGUCAGGAGUGAAUUCCCACUCACUAUGGGACAAUGGCAUACGAUAAAAGUGUCUCGGACAUCACGGUUGGCAGUACUGAAGAUUGAUCAGCUACCGGAAGUGAUGACGGUGUCUCCGAACGGUUUCUGGCAUCUUUCGCUGCCGCACAGCCUGUACCUCGGUGGCAUCCACAAUGUGCACACGCUGCCGACGAGCUUGCGGGAUAAAGGAUCAUUCGCCGGUUGCAUUCAGAAGGUCGACAUUAACGAUCGGACGAUUGCAAUCAUCUCGGAGGCACUCGGUGGUUCGAACGUGGAAAACUGUCCACAUGCCUGCGUCGCCCGGCCAUGUGGUCCGCUGGCCAAGUGUGUCCCAAACCUCGACACUUACGAAUGCCAAUGCAACCCGCAGAACCGUCAGUGCAACAAGGCUGAGGAGCUACCGUCGGAAGUAAUUGAAAGGCAGCAACGGUUGCUGAAGCGAAAACAGCAAGAACAUUCGGACGACCACCGUGCGAUGAGCGCAUUGUCUCCACCUGCCGCAUCGGAACCGUCACAGCCCUUAACGGCCCUCUCGGGGACCUCAAUCUCGACGACGCAAGCUCCACCGGAAGACAGUACUUUGCCGCAUGAUAAUAAUCCGGCGGAUGUUGGCGACGGUAGCUCCGAGGAGAGUGAUGAGGGCUACAACGAUUACUAUCAGAAUGACGAUGACGACGAUGAUGAUGACAACUAUGGUACACCGGGAACGAACACUGGGAACGAUUACAAUCAACCGGGAGCGAACAAAUGGACUCGCCAUCAGUCGGCUGCGGGUGAAAUAAAAACAGCUCCACCAGCAUCCUCGGCUAAUGAGGCAAAUAAACAAUCGCCCUACGCAGGCGAAGCGGAAACCUCCACGGCGACCGACGGACCGAUGACAACGGCAACGAGCGUGGCUGCAUCGACUGUCGCUAAUGAAAAGAUAAUCGUUUGGAUCGAUCGGCAAAAAUCAAAGGACUCAUUUUCCACGCAAUCGAAUGAUUACGCAGAUUACGGCGGUGGGGAAAUGUUGGUCGAAAGUAGCGAAGUGGCCAUAGAAGAAGAACGAGACGAAGCGGUAAAACUGACGAAGGACGAAACGAACAAGCAGCCAGUGGAUCGGGGGACCGAGGUUUAUGAUCCGAGCACCGGUACGAUGGUGGUUAAUGACCGAAAAAUGAUGAUGGCGACGAACAGUGGUGACGAAGCUGAAGGUGACAGCACGGGUGACAUGAUGCCGGAUGAUGGUGAAGAUGAUGAUGAUGAUGAUGAUGAUGAUGAUGAUGAUGAUGCGACACGGAACAACCGCAGACCGCAGGUGGAUGCGAACGAACAGUCUUCAGCCAAACAUCACAAGACGGUGGAGAAUCGCGCCCUCCUGCGGCAGCAGCGGCGACGGCCGGAAACGAAAUCGGAGACGUUGCCGACCAGCAAUAAGGAUACGGGCCAGCAUGAACCGUCGUCAACUUUCCACGACCACGACGACGGCGACGACGACAACGACGACAGUAAUAGCGCUGACGAUGGAGCAGCUUACGACGGUGAUGGGUACGGGAAAGAUUACGACCAGCAUGGCGACCGGAUACCGUACAGACCUGAUUUUCUGCUCCACCGAAAAGGUGGCUGGAGGGCCCGGGGAGACCGUCAGCAUCGGGGCCAGCACGACUCGGUUGUGCCGGACGGGCCCGAGAUCGAUGAGACGCUGAUCGAGGAGAUGAACCGGAUUAUGAAAAAUCAUAACGACAACGACAACGACGCGGAUGAGACGCUCGAUAGCAGCUUCUGGGGUGUCGCAUCGGACGGAUACGGUGAACCGCCUCAAACGCAGCAUGAAUACGACACGGAUACAGACGUGGUUGAGGUGGGUCACGAUGGAGUUGAUGGUGACCGUCACCAUCCACAUCAUGACCAUCAUGAGCCGCAGCAUGUCCCCAGCCACCAUCGGCGACGUACUGGAGUCGAGCAGGAAGGUGAAAGCGACCAGAAUGAAUCAAAGAGCUUCAGCCAACGAAACCGGCACGGACUUCGGUCGGACCAACAACAGGAGCAGCAACAACUUCAACAGCAUCAACAACAACAGCAGCAACCACAGAAAGACCCACGGAACGACGAAGAUGACAUCCUGCGCAGUAUAAAGUACAAAAACAAAUACUUCCGGAAGUAUCAGGGCGCGUGUUUCACCGGCACGGACAGCUACUUCCACUACAGUGACGCCGAAACGAUGCGGCGUGUCAUUAGCUACGAGAUUGAUUUGAAUCUGCGCUUCAAAACGCACUCCGCGAACGGGCUUAUCCUCUGGACUGGCCGGCAUAGUGCGCUCGAGGGUGACGACUUCUUGUCGUUGGGCAUCGAAAAUGGGUACCUGCAUCUCCGGUACAAUCUCGGUUCGGGUGAAAUUAAUAUCAAAUACAAUGCCACCAAAGUCAGCGAUGGACUUUGGCAUCGAGUACGAGCGUUAAGGAACUCACAGGACGGUACGCUGAAGGUUGACGGCGGUAAGCCAAUCACCAGAAGAUCUCCCGGUAAGCUAAGGCAGCUCAACACGGACACCGGGCUGUAUGUCGGUGGACUACCGGCAGCGGCUCAUUACACCCGCCAGAGGUACCGGACCGGUAUGGUGGGCUGCAUCUCGGAGCUCAUCCUGGCCGGCGAGCUGCGGUUGAACUUUGACGCAACGAUACUGGGCACGGCACACAACGUCGAACCGGGCGCCCCAUGAAGGUAGAUGUCCUAGGUGCCUACCGUCCGUCCCUAGAUGCU